AUGCAAAUCCUGCACGGAGUCUCCUCCUCACGAUGUUGUGAGAGAGGGGAUUGAAUUCACCGGGUCUGUGUUAUUUAUGAUGUCAAAGGGAAAGUAAAACAAACAUUUAACCAUGCAAGAAUUUUAUUUUUAAAAUAAGUGGAUAUAGUCUGGGUUAGUAUCCUGUUUUGUAGACUGCACGUGUUUUAAAAAUCUAUUCAUUUCAUUGCAUGUGAAGGAAGCCGGUAAAUUAGAGAGAACAGUUUUACUAUUGCCUUUGUCUGACUGAGAGUUAGUUGCAAGCUGGGAAGCGUGCUCUUUUGUUCGAGGUCUGAGCUUGUUCUUUGUUUUAUAGGGGGAAAAAAAGAGUGUUGCUGACAGGCUUUUUUUUCCCUAUAACGUUAUUGCCGUUACUCUUAAAAAUGAACUACAUGAAGAAGUAUUUUACAGAAGGGCUGAUUCAGAUUACCAUUGUACUGAGUUUAGUUGGGGUUAGGGUAGAUGUUGACUCUUACGUAAACAGAUACUUUUCACCGCUUCCAGAGACCAGUUUGGGGCCAAGUUCAGUUUAUAUACAAACACCGUUUCACAGUUCAAGGAGCCAUUUAGAUGGCUAUGGUUUGCACCGCAAAUGUCCCGAUUUGGACUGCUAUUUCACAUCCAGAAGACUUUUGAAUGAAGUGAAAUCUCUCGGUACUCCUCGCUUCCCCAUCACUGAAGUAAACGCGUGGUUGGUCCACACAGUUGCCGGAGAAUCUGACACUGACAGUUCGGUAGUACUAAACGUCUUACAAAAUAUCCAUAAUUCCAGUGAUAACGAAAACAACAGUGAAGGCAACCAUAGCCAAGCAAGACAAGAGAGCAGCCAGCAUGAUCCUCAGCAAUCGAACCAAGACCACAACACCGGGGCCUUGGCCAAUCCGAGUGGAAGUGAACUCACAAAAGAGGAUAUUGAGUUGAUUGAAAUACUUUGGAGACAAGAUAUAUCUCUAGGAGCGGGGGGAGUAGGCUUUGAGAACUGUCGUCUGCAAAGAGGCGAUGACCACACUCCUGAGGACCAGGGGGAAAAGGAAAAGCAGAACCAGGACUCGGAAACAAGCCAACAGCCUAGUGAUGUGGAAGAGAAAGAGAGCUCAGUCUCUGAUAAUGAGGGGGUUUCUGUGGAACCACAGAGUUUUUUGGUUGUUGACAUGGAACAACGAUGGCAGGACUUCCUGUCUUUGUCUGAGUUACAGGGUAUAGAAACUGAAAAUGUUCAGGCUGUUCCUAAUCCUACAAUAUCAGAGAUUGGCAUGGAUAUUUCUGAAGCCAUAAGUCAAAAUGUCAGUCUUCAUGAUGCUACCCAGGCCUUCAGAACAAGCAGUGGAGUAACAAGGAAUGAAGGCAGUCAGAAUCUUCUUCGACUGGAAUCUACUAAUUCAACACAUGUCGAUAUGCUGCUCAGUGUUACCAACCUGACAUCAGAACUAUUCCCCCUUGUUGAAAACUGCACCAGAAAUUCAACUAACCAAAACCCCUUGUCUGGCUUUCUUGACGAGGCGGUGUUUGAUCAGAUUAAUUUAAUGGGUCUUGGUAUAGAAGGUAUGGACAACAUGGACACUCAAAUAUUAGAAGAACCUGACUCAGACUCUGGACUCUCUCUAAACUGUAGUUCCCGUAGCCCUGGAUCCCCAAGCAGUUCAGAAGUGUCUUCCUCUUCAUCCUGCUGUGAUGAUGAAGGAGCUGUGGGUUACAGCAGCGAUGCUGAAUCAGAUUCCUGGAAUGCUGUGGGAAGGGCUGAAGGAAGCAGCACAAUUUGUCGAUCCCAAAACAGCAAGUGGUCUCCCAUGCAAACAGCAGAAAACAUUUAUCAUAAUCACACAUACAAUCAGCCCCCAAACCAAAAUGUUUUGGCCUCUCCUCUUCAACAUUCUGGAUGUGAAAAACUUAAGAGCGUCAAGAGAAACUCCAGUGAAGAUCUAGACCUCAGUCGGGACGAGAGAAGAGCAAGGGCACUUCGAAUUCCGUUCUCUGUGGAGGAGAUUGUUAACAUGCCUGUGGAUGAGUUCCUGGAGCUUCUUUCCAAGUAUGAUCUUACAGAGGCUCAGGUAACCCUGAUCCGCGACAUUCGGCGCAGAGGAAAGAACAAGGUGGCAGCACAAAACUGCCGUAAGCGCAAGUUAGAUGUCAUCUCAAACCUGGAAAACAAUGUGGACGAGCUUCAGAUGCAGAAGGAGAAGCUGCUGAAGGAAAGUACCCAGCAGAACAAAUCGAUCGGCACAAUGAAACAAAAACUGAAUGAGCUGUACCGGGAUGUGUUCAGCCGAUUACGAGAUGAGCAAGGCAGGCAACUCAACCCCAGCCAGUACUCUCUGCAGUGCAACAGUGAUGGCAGUGUGUUAAUUGUGCCUCGCUGACUGAUGACAUUACAGCAGAAACCAGACAAAAAAACAAAGGACAAGAAGCACUGACAGUGCAGGAGUUGAACUGCUGGAGGUUCCCACCCCCACGAUGCAGGGAGUAGCAUGUUUGCAUUCUACAGCAGCUAACUGGCAGUUCACCCUGAGAAAAGACUUCUUUUGAUGACUUUUGCUUGCUCUAAUGCAUAACUGCUGCUGUUUUUAAGGAGAAAAUGUCUUCAUUACAUAAGGAUGAACCCCCUGCUGACUGACCCCACCGCAAAAAAUGCUGUAAUAUGGGGCUUGUUGCUGCAUUCUGUACAGGGCUAAAUAAUUUGGUUUUGUAUUCAUGGUUGAUUUUUCAUUUAAGACAUUUUUUAUCGAUUUGUGGAAUUCUUACGAUUAAAUGUGGACAUUUUCACCUUUUAAGAGGAGUUCACGGAAUAAAAGCAAAUAUGCAGACAGAAUUACAAUUUGGACUUGCAACAACCUACAAAGAGUUUAUCUAAAUCAAUUUAGUACAGUCAAACCUGUAUAUUUAGAGGAAUCCCUGUGAUACAAGACCAAUUUUAGAGGUCCAUUGAGUCGAUAUAUGCUGAUUUUGACAAUUUCUGAUGACAUCAAUGUAAUAUAACAAAUAACUUCUCAAAUGCAGUACCACAGCCAGUUGACACAAGGGACUUGAUCAGCCACAGCACCUUAGUAAUUUACAGGUAAUCAUGGUAAAUAUUACAAGUGUGAGUUGCAUGUAUCUUUUUCUCUAGAAGACUACAGUAAUAGUUUCUGUAUUCAUUGCUGUUAACAUUAUUUGAUGCUUGGUAUAGUCCAUGCUCAUUUCUUUGAAGUCCGGUUCGUAGCUGGUCAAGUUUAGCUUCAUGCAAACAUUCAUGCUUUCUUCUGUUAAUCUUGAGUACAAAUUGUUUAUGAUGUGAUUUCAAGUGGGAGAAUGCCUGUUUGCACAUAUAGGUGGAGCCAAACAUGGUUAAGAGAGCCAAGCUGAUAUUCUGCAUUGUGCCGUAUGUUUGUAGAAGUUCAUUCCAAGUUUGCAGAAUGAGGUUAUCUUCGCUCUCCAAUUUCUUCAAAUCAGUCCAUUUGUGCAGUUUUGCGUGUUACCAAGUGAUGCUUUCCAGAUUUGAAUUUAGAGUGCAAAACUUUUCAACCCCUUGAAGUCGGCAACGUCCAGUUGAUUAAUCUCCGAUUGAGAUUCCUGGAAUCACCCUCAAGUCCAAUGUUUCAACACGAGAUUCAUGGGGACAAAUUGUAAGCUUGAACAAAGUGUUGUGUCUGCGAAAGUCCAUAAAAUGAGACUUGAACGACAUUAGCAGAUCAGCUAAAACUUUGCCACGGGACAGCCAACAUACAUGGUUGUGCAUCAGAAGUCCUGAAUACUCACAAUCCACUUCUUCCAGCAGGGACUCCAGUUGACAGUGAUUGAGGGCUUGGGCAAGAUUCCAGUUGACAAUAAGCACUACCGAUGCCAUUACAUCACAAAGUUCUACUCCGCACAACUGGGUACAAAGAGUUCCUGGUGCGUAAUACAGUGAAAGCUUAAAAUGGGAUGUUUCUGUUGUGACAAAACAGCAAUGUAUCCCUUGUUUCCCCAUCAUGCUGGGUGCACCAUCAGUAUACACUGAAACAAGCUUCCCUUACUGAAUCUGCUUCUGCCUAACGAAAACCAGCACAGUUUUAAGUAUGUCUUCACCUCUUGUUUGAUUUUUUCAUUGGCAGAAUUGCAAGUACUAAGUUGCACAUAUAUAUCAACCGAGAGUACAUAGUUGUGCAACACCACAGACGUCCGUUGACUCAUCCAAAAGCAAACUCAAAAUAUCUAGCAGAACUUAUAUUUUCUAUUUGCUGCUUGUCCAUCUGAUCUGCCAUUUUCACAGCUCGACCGUAAACUCUUUUACAAAUAAAGGCAUAUCUUGUAUUUGCUGCAAGAUUUUGUCUUUGUUGGGGACAGCUUGGCUGUUUAUAUUAAGCAUACAGCUCUUCACAUAUUCCCCGUCAGUGAAAAGCUUACCUUUGCGAACGAUCUCUAAAGAGCCUAUGAAACUUGCUGAAGUUAGACUUCCACCUUUAUUUGACCAUGCCAGUAGUUUACCUUUUCCGCACCUCAGAUGGUUGUUUCACUGCAAAUGCAGCAUGUCGUGGUAAAUUUGAUUUUUUUUGUUUGAAGCCAGUUGUUCACCGCGUAUGAGACAAAGUGGAAAUCCUGACUUCUCCACAAAGUCGUACAUAUCAGUCCAUUCCGGCUGAAAAGAUUUUUAAAAUGAAACUAAAGAGCUUUAAACUACACUUCGAAACUGAAAAAAACACAGUGAAAGCAAGGUUACAGAUUAUGACUCGUGUGCAUGUUGCUUGUUGACAGAUCUGUUGACCAAUCAAAACACGAUAAACACAGACUAGGAAUACAAGCACCAAUAAAAGCAGCGGGUAUGUGGAUGUAAAAAUAAAUAACUAAUUAAAGGGAGAUAUCACGUCCCAAGUUGGUCAUUUGCAGAUGUGCGAUGAUGCUAAUAGUACAUUUAGUUCAUUGUGUGUGUGUGUGUGUGUGAAUGACUUGACUCAAGAGCCUUAUUUGAUGAGUCAUUGGUAUUCUUCUAUUUCUAAAUGGCCUUAGCUUUUGGGUGUAUAGGGAUUUAGUACCAGGGCACAUUUUGGGAUCAAACAGUUGCAUUUAUACACCAUCCUAAAAAAUAAAAAGUAUUUCUUUUCUGUGUUAGUUUUUUUUAAGUAUAUACAGAUCCAUUUAUAAACAACAUACCAUAUCAUAAGACAAAGGAACUGAAAUGAUUGCAGAGCUCAGCCAAAAUUAAAAUGAUUACAAAGGUCAGCCAAAAUUUUGCAACUACACCAGACAUUAUUGUGCGACUUGUUCUGUCUGUAUACUUUUCAUGGAAGGCUACACUGGAAGCACUUUGCCCAUGAUGUGCAUUCAUUAACACCAACCAAGUCCCCAGGUUUAUAAGCACUGAAUGUGUUGCUGUUUGCUAUGACUAUCUACUUGUGAACUUCAAAUGAAUUGGAAGCAUUCUUUUAAGCUUUUUUUUUUUUUUUCUUUUCUGCAUCAUUUCCAAUCCAAUCUGUACAAGUACAUGUUUCCAAGUGUGAAGUACUAUUUUAGAAUGCCAAUGGUUGGACUAUAUUGCAAACAAGAAGUAAUGUAUGAAGUACACAUUGUCCUACAGAAACAUUCAGCUGCUUUCUUGCUGAUUUAAAAUAUUACUUUGCACUUGUGUGCCAAGAUAGAUUAUUUCUAAGGAAUGGGCAAGUGUGUGUGUGUGUGUGUGUUUUAUAUAUACAAAAGUGUAGGUUCUGGAAUUGAGGUCUUUUUUAAAGUGUGGUUUGUUUUGUGUAUUUAUGUCUUUCCAUUUUGAAUUAAAUGAUAAUGUUAGUAUUUAGGGGAAGAAGAAAAAAAAGAAAAUGUAUUGGAUCACCAGCUUUUUUGCUGAUUUAAAAAGAACAGACAAACAAAAAAAGGUUAUAGGGUCC